CCGCCCCCUCCUCUCUCUCUCUUCCUUCCAAGUUUCCAACCAAUCUCUGUCUCUCCCUCUCUCUCUCUCUCUCUCUCUCUCUCUUUCUCUCUCUGCGGAUCACACUUUCCACUCUCUCUCUCUCACACACGCGCGCGCGCACACACGCUCUUCUCUCUCUCUCUCUUGGCAGUUGUAAUGGUUUCGUGUCAACCCUCAACCCUCUGAUCAUUCUCUCCCUCUCUCUCUCUACAUUUCUGUGGGAGCCAAAUCCAAUCACGAUGGAAGAAGUAGAAGGCGUCCUUGAAGAGGACGAAAGAAGAGCCUUGGCCUCGCUCGCCACCAACGCCGCUCCCCCACACCGCAAGGUCCACUCCUACAGCCACCAGCUCCGCACCAACACCGGCGGCCACUACAAACGCCACCACCAAAUCCGCAAGCACAGCCUCGACGACGACGACCUCCGCUUGCCCUCCAACCUCGACCCCAACAACCACUUCUACGACUCCUCCGACGAUGAAUUCUACCCCUCGUCCGCCGCGCGACAGAACUCCUCCGCCGACUGCCAUCAACGCCUCGACCACAGCCUCUCUGUUGAGUUCCCGGACGAUGUCCAGCUGCCGAUGCCCGAGUUCGUCGCCGCGGGCGGUGGGACAGGGAUCUUCAAGGCGCCGUCCCGGGCCGCGGUGCAUCCCUCCCGACCCACGUGCCUCGAGCUGAGGCCGCAUCCGCUGAGGGAGACGCAGGUUGGCAAGUUCUUGAGAACCAUCGCCUGUACGGACAGUCAGCUUUGGGCGGGGCAAGAGUCGGGGAUUAGGGUUUGGAGCUUGAGCGAUGCGUAUGAGCCGGGAAUUGGGAUGGGCGGCAGGGCCCGGAGAGGGGACGAGGACGCUGCGCCGUUUCAGGAAUCAGGCAACACUUCCCCCACCAUGUGUUUGGUUAUUGACUCUGCUAGUAAAUUGGUGUGGUCUGGCCACAAGGAUGGUAAAAUUAGGUCUUGGAAAAUGGAUCAGCCUUUGGAUGAUGAAUCUGCUUUCAAGGAAGGGCUCUCUUGGCAGGCUCACCGAGGUCCCAUUAUCUCCAUGGUGAUAACUUCUCAUGGUGACAUAUGGUCGGGAUCAGAGGGUGGAGCUAUAAAGAUUUGGUCAUGGGAGGCCAUAGAAAAAUCCCUCUCUCUCUCACCAGAGGAAAGACACAUGGCUGCUUUACUUGUGGAGAGAUCAGGCAUUGACCUUAGAAGCCAAGUAACAGUCAACGGUGUCUGUAGUAUAUCUUCUUCUGAUGUGAAGUGCUUGCUAUCGGAUAAUGUCAGAUCCAAAGUAUGGGCAGCUGGGUCGCUAUCCUUCUCAUUGUGGGAUGCUCGUACGAGGGAACUUCUAAAAGUAUAUAAUCUAGAUGGUCAGGCUGAGAAUCGAGUUGACAUGCCAUCUGUUCAAGAUCAAGCAGUUGAAGAUGAGAUGAAUGUGAAGUUUGUUUCCAAAUCAAAAAAGGAGAAAUCCCAAAAUAGCUUUCUGCAACGUUCCCGUAAUGCUAUAAUGGGAGCUGCGGAUGCUGUUCGGCGAGUUGCAACUAAGGGUGCAGGGGCUUUUGUGGAUGACAAUAAAAAAACAGAAGCACUAGUGCUAACCGCUGAUGGAAUGAUAUGGAGUGGAUGUUCAAAUGGCAUACUUGUGCAAUGGGAUGGAAAUGGGAAUCGCUUGCAAGAUUUCCACUACCAUCCCUAUGCUGUUCAAAGCUUUUGCACUUUGGGGUCCCGAAUAUGGGUUGGUUAUGUGAGUGGUAUGGUUAUGGUGCUGGAUCUGGAGGGAAAUAUGGUUGCAGGUUGGAUUGCUCACAGUAGUCCUGUCAUAAAAUUGGCAAUAGGGAGAGAAUACGUUUUUAGCUUGGCUACUCAUGGUGGCAUACGUGGAUGGAACAUCUCAUCGCCUGGACCACUAGAUAACAUAAUCCGGACAGAUUUGGCUGGAAAAGAACUAUUGUACACAAGAAAAGAAAAUGCUAAACUAUUAGUUGGGACAUGGAAUGUUGGUCAAGGAAGAGCCUCUCAUGAUGCUCUAAUGGCAUGGCUGGGUUCUGCCGUAGCUGAUGUUGGGAUUGUUGUUGUUGGGUUGCAAGAAGUGGAAAUGGGUGCAGGCUUUUUGGCAAUGUCUGCGGCAAAAGAAACUGUAGGACUUGAAGGGAGUUCCGUCGGGCAAUGGUGGCAGGACACAAUAGGAAAGACCUUGGAUGAAGGAACAACUUUUGAACGUGUGGGAUCCAGACAGCUAGCAGCCUUGCUGAUAGGCAUCUGGGUAAGAAAGACUCUUAGACCACAUGUUGGGGACCUCGAUGUUGCAGCUGUUGCUUGUGGCUUAGGUCGUGCAAUUGGUAACAAGGGAGGUGUAGGUUUGAGGUUGAGAGUAUAUGAUCGGAUAAUAUGCUUUGUGAACUGUCACUUGGCUGCACAUCUGGAAGCAGUUAAUCGCCGCAAUGCUGACUUUGACCAUAUUUAUCGAACGAUGGUCUUCAGCCGAUCGUCUAACCUCCUUAAUACUGCUUCUGGUAUGGUGCCGUUCCUGUUUUUGUGUUGCUCUCUUGCCUUCUCCACAUAUUUACUCUGGCUGCUUUAUUCUUCUGGCUUGCCAUUGGUCCUCUCUGUUGCAGCUGGUGCCACAACUGCUGGUCAAGUGCUUCGUGGUACAAAUGCUGGGGGGAUCAAUCCUGAAGAGGGAAGACCUGAUUUAGCUGAAGCUGAUAUGGUCAUAUUUCUGGGUGAUUUCAAUUAUCGCCUUUUUGGAAUAUCUUAUGAUGAAGCUAGAGACUUCGUUUCACAAAGAAGCUUUGACUGGCUUAGAGAAAAGGAUCAACUUAGAGCAGAGAUGAAAGCGGGCAAAGUUUUUCAAGGAAUGCAUGAAGCACUCAUCAGAUUUCCUCCAACAUACAAGUUCGAAAAGGGAAAACCAGGUUUAGGAGGAUAUGAUUCUGGGGAGAAGAAGCGCAUUCCUGCUUGGUGUGACAGGAUACUAUAUCGUGACAGUCGAUCAGAUUCAACAUCAGAGUGCAGUUUAGAGUGCCCCAUAGUAACUUCAAUAUUACAGUAUGAGGCUUGUAUGGAAGUGACAGAAAGUGAUCACAAACCUGUGCGGUGCAAACUAAACCUUGAUAUCGCACACGUUGAUAGAUCGGUGAGGAGACAAGAGGUUGGGAACAUUGUCAAGUCAAGUGAUAAAAUCAGGACUUUGCUUCAAGAGUUGUGUUAUGUUCCAGACACAGUUGUCAGUACCAACAGCAUAACCCUUCAAAACCAACACUCAUCCAUUCUAAAAAUCACCAGCAGAAGUGGGGCAGAUAAUGCUAUAUUCCAAAUCAUUUGCGAAGGUCAGUCCACCAUAAAGGAGGAUGAACAACCAUCUGAUUAUCAUCCACGAGGUUGCUUUGGCUUUCCCCGUUGGCUUGAGGUCUCACCAGCUGCUGGCAUAAUCAAACCUGACCAAGUGGUGGAGGUGUCAGUACGGCAUGAAGAAUUUCAUACCCUAGAAGAGUUCGUUGAUGGGGGAAUCCCACAGAGCUGGUGGUCUGAGGACACCCGAGACAAGGAAGUGAUUUUGCUGGUGAGUGUUAGAGGCAGUUGCUCGAUUGAAAUGAAAAUCCAUAGGGUUCGUGUGCGCCACUGUUUCUCAGCCAAGACGGUCCAAAUUGACUCGCGAAAUAACAGCUCUAGAAGAAGCCAACCAACUUCGACUGGGCUUCGGCAUGUAGGCAGUGCCUCUGAUAUGACUGAUGAGCUUCAUAAUUUACACGGUCUUUGAAGGUACAUUUCAUUACUUUGUAGAUGUAGCAAAAAGCGGACAAAUUUCGGGGCGGAAACUGUAGAUGAGUAUUAUUAUCUGCUGCAAAGCUAUUUAUUUUUCCCAGUAGGCAACAACGUAGUAAGAAUGGCGAUGUAAAUGCAUUUUUUGGUAGCAUCAGGCUCGUUUUGCUAUAUUUCUGUUCUUCAUUAUGAUUCAUUGAUAGAAGGUUUUGUAGUGUUUUGCAAAAACAUUUUGACGAAAAAUGUAAAGAGAAAUAUCAUAAGGACGAAAAAUGUAAAGAGAAAUAUCAUAAGGAAGCUGUUGAAAGAAAGCACUUGCUCUUUUACUACGGUCUUGAUUCUUGAACUUAGAAGCAAAUGUUUGAUUGUGGACUCUCUCUCUCUCUCUCUCUCUCUCUCUCUCUCUCUCUCUCUCUCUCCAUGAUAUUUGCACGUUUUUGUUCUUGAAACAAGUGUACACAAACUCCAUAUAUUACGCCAAAGAACAUCAACGUGAGUGCAUACAGCUGAUGCCAUAAGCAUUUUUUUACUACCAAAUAGCAGCCAAAGACUUGAAUAAUUGAGAAACAUACUAACAGUUCAAAAAUCUCCGAUGGCCGCCCUAUGACUUGUGAGAAUUGAGGACAAUACAGGAUUCUUAAUUCAAAACUUGAUCCUGAGGCCUAUAAUUUAGCAAAAAGGAAGUUUUUAGGCGGUGCUUGGAUGCGGGGGUACUUGUGAAGGGAAGACAAAAGGUACAGAGAAUUUUCGUCGACAAAUGUGAGUGCUGCUUCUUACAAAAUCAAACUAGUAGACACAGAAGAGCUAGAGAAAAAAUGCAGAAAAAACAGUUGGUUAAACGAUUUUAUUGGCUACACUAUCAACAUAUAUCAACGUGCAAUACGACAUUUGCC